AGCACGGUGGAGUACGACAAUUGACCAAUGCGCCAUCGAUUGCGGCGUCUGCUCGUGGGUCUCCUGGCUCUGCGCGCAGUGAUCGCCGGCGAUCCACGGCUGGGCCGCGCGCUGCGUGUCGUGCCCGUGGCGACGACCACGUUCACGACCAACUGCGACGGCGUCGAGUGGGGCGACGCUGCGUACGGCAGCGAGGCCGAGCCCGACCAAGUGUCGUGCGUGUGGUUUCCGAAUGGCAGCGUGUACCGCGGCGCCGUCAAGACGUAUAGCGCUCGCAUGGGCACGACCGGCUUUAUCAAAAACACGCUCGAUGGCGAGUUUGCGAUCGACUACGUGGCUUUUUUGCCCAACACUGCGGCGGUCAUUGAGCUCGACAACCUCAACCUCAGUCGUGUCAACAGCAGCCUCGACGUCGACAUCCACGGCAUUCCCAUCGUCGCCAAAACCAUCUUUUGGGAAAUCAAUUGA